AUGGAGCACAAAGUACAUAAAGGUUACUUCUUAGCACCGAAGGCUUAUGCCUUAGACAUAGGCCAUGAUGACAAUAUAAUAAAGUAUAAGGGUCCAGCUAAAGGCACAGUCAAUUUAGAGUGGUUUGUGUUACAAUACAAUGAUCCUUCUGAAAUAAAGGUAGUCGACAUUGAAUCGUCAUUCAAUAUUAAUUGGCAUACAUUUACUAUAGGCAAAAAGGAGUCACAAUACAGCCUGGGAACCCCUGCAAGUUCCAAAAGAGACCAUGUGUAUGAUGAGAACAAUAAGUGGAUAAACACACAACCUAAAGAAGUAAUAGACUUUGGGGGUCAAGAUAACACAAUUAUCAAAUUAGAUAAUAAGGAACUGAUGAAAGUAUGUUCUUUACUUAGAGAGCAGUUAUCCGAAAAAAAUAAGGAAAUCGUCAAAUAUAAGCAAGAAUUACAAAAUGUGCAUGCCAAUAAAGAGCAAGAUGUUGCUAAAAAUCAAUUAAUGAUCCCAUCCUUGGAUGCUGCUGUAAAUCUUCCUGAUGCACCGCGCACUGAAUAUCCUACCAUUUUAGACCUACCUACUCUGUACAAGGACCCACCCAAGAAGAAGGCAGAGAUAAAUCAAAGGAUGAUGAUACCUAAGGCAUGUUGUUCUUAG